UGCUCACUUCCCUAUAUAAACCAGCCAACCUCAUUCCAUAUCUCAAAAGCAAACUGCCUUUCUCACUGUCUAGUGUCUACCUAGUUAAUUCUUAACCUCAAAUUACCCAAUUAUGAAAACAGACGUGGAAAGCCUCUGGGAUUUCGCUCUAGCCUACAAAUUCAAAUCCUUAUUUUCCACAAACUUGACAUGUUUUGCAUUACUCUUGGUCCUAACAUGGUUUGCCAUAAAUUUUAUUUUUUGGGCACAUCCUGGAGGCCCUGCUUGGGGCAAACACAAAUGGAGAAAAUUCAGUUCAAUCCCAAUUAGCAAGCCUAUUCCGGGUCCAAAGGGAGCUCCAAUUAUUGGGAGUAUGAAACUCAUGAUGGGUUUAGCCCAUCACAAAAUUGCAGCCAUGGCUCAAUCAUUCCAGGCCAAACGUCUAAUGGCGUUUAGCCUUGGUGAAACACGAGUAAUCGUCACGUGCAAUCCCGAUGUAGCGAAAGAAAUUUUGAACAGUUCUUCGUUCGCUGAUCGCCCCGUGAAGGAAUCUGCCUACUGUCUUAUGUUCAAUAGGGCUAUUGGGUUUGCUCCCUACGGCGUUUACUGGCGGACACUUAGAAGAAUUGCUGCCACCCACCUCUUCUGUCCGAAACAGAUUAAGGCUUCGGAAACUCUGAGGUUGGAAAUUGCUAAUCGGAUGGUGGCAAUGUUUCGAGCACGAAAGAGUGAUUUUCAUGUUCGGGAUUCAUUGAAACUGGCAUCUCUUAGUAACAUGAUGUGCUCUGUAUUUGGACGAAAAUACAAUAUGGAUUCUUAUAAUACUAGUGAGAUGGACGAAUUGAGAGUAUUGGUGGAUGAAGGAUACGAGUUGUUGGGUACACUGAAUUGGUCAGAUCAUCUUCCUUGGUUUGCAGAAUUUGACGUGCAGAAAAUUCGGUUCAGAUGCUUCAAGCUGGUUGCCAGAGUAAACCGAUUUCUCCGCCGUAUUAUUGACGAGCGAAAGGCUGAAACCGCCAUGCUCCACUGUGAUUUCUUGGAUGUCUUACUGUCUCUUCAAGAGCCCGAUAUAUUGUCAGAUUCCGACAUGCUUGCCGUUCUUUGGGAAAUGAUAUUUAGAGGAACUGAUACUGUGGCAAUUUUAAUUGAGUGGAUAUUGGCCAGAAUGGUGUUGCACCCGAAUGUUCAAGCAAAGGUUCACGAUGAAUUGGACAAGGUUGUCGGAAGGUCGAGUGUGGUGACGGAGUCGAACAUGACGCAAAUGGUGUAUCUAGCAGCAGUUGUGAAGGAAGUACUGAGAUUGCACCCUCCGGGCCCACUUCUCUCAUGGGCCCGCUUGGCUAGUAAGGAUUCAGUCGUGGAUGGGUAUCACGUGCCAGCUGGGACCACCGCCAUGGUGAAUAUGUGGGCCAUAACUAGGGACCCAGAGGUUUGGAAAGACCCACUGAACUUCAACCCAGAUAGGUUUCUGACAAAGAAUUGUAGUGCAGAAUUUUCAGUAAUGGGUUCAGAUUUGAGACUCGCACCAUUUGGGUCAGGCCGGAGGACUUGCCCGGGUAAGACCUUAGGCCUGACGACGGUCACAUUUUGGGUUGCUUCACUUUUACACGAGUUCGAGUUUGAGCAUUGUAGUAAAAACCUUGUAGACCUCUCCGAAGUGCUAAGGCUCUCUUGUGAAAUGGCUAGCCCACUUAAGGUUAGAGUCCAACCCAGGCAUUCCCCCUCGAGCCCACAAUGUUACCAUCAGCACGUGAGACAUACAUAGGAGAAAAGCAAUUAAUAUCUCAGACCUAACCCGUUUAUGUACAUAGGCCUCUGUUUCUCUUGAUCGUUGCUUGAAAAUUUUCUUUCCCUUUCCUUCUUUUAUUUUUAUUUUUACUUAACAGCCAGGACUCUUAUUUUAUUUAUGUACAUAUAAUUUGAAAGUAAUACAAGUGAUAUCGACUUCUUCUUACAA